AGGUUGUAGUUUUAGAAUCCACGGAUGCGCUGAAAGAGCUGCAGACAAUCAUCAGAGACAGAGAAGUCUCGAGGGGCGAUUUCAUAUUCUAUUCCCGUCGACUGGUGCGGUUAUUGUGCGAAGAAGCGCUGAACUUAUUGCCGUUUGACGAGGCUAGCUGUUUAACGCACUCAAAUGCAGAAUAUAAGGGUAUUCGAUUUCUGGGUAGAAUCUGUGGGGUGAGUAUAAUGAGAGCGGGAGAAGCGAUGGAGGAUGGCUUCCGAGACUGUUGCCGCAAUGUUAGGAUUGGUAAAAUCUUAGUACAAAAGGACCCGAGAGAUGCGAACAGUGAACGUAAAAUAUACUAUGCGAAGUUUCCGAAGGACAUGCACGAACGGCACGUGUUUGUGCUGGAUCCCUUAGUCGCCACGGGGAUGUCCGUGUGUAAAGCAAUAGAGGUACUUCUAGAUUACAAGGUGGAACAAUCACGGAUUAUAUUCCUGACGCUUUUCGCCGCACCUGAGGGCCUUAAAUUGCUGCACGAAACAUAUCCGGAUAUAACGAUAGUCACGACGCACGUUGACGAGGGUGUUGACAGCGAAGGGUUUAUUGUACCAGGCCUGGGUGACUUUGGAGAUCGGUUCUUCUCUACAGAGUUCACAAUCUGAGAACCCGCUUGAGAAGUUGGUGUACCAAUUUAAUAAAAAUUAGGAUAAAAAUCGACUGUGUAUGUAAUGUACUCGACGUGCGACAGGCCAACAGCUAUAUAUGCAACAGAAUAGCGUGAACAACUGGGAUGUGGGGACUAC